AUGGCUUCUCAAGAUGGAUACGAAGGCUCGGGUGUGGCUGGUGAAGGGAAUUUUACCUCAGCUGAUCCUUCGUCUCAACGUGCUACACCAAUAUCUGAAGCUACUCCGAUUUCUCAAGCUGCUACUCCAACAUCUCAAGCUGCUACUGUAACAUCUCAAGCUACAUCUAGCAGAGCUGGUUCUAAGAGGAAGCGAACAUCAGCAGUAUGGGAUGAGAUGGAAGAGAAAUUAGAAAAUAGACAACUGAAAGCCGAGUGCAAUCAUUGUCACCGAAAAUUUAGUGCAGGACCUAGAGCUGGCACAACUCACUUGCGUGUACAUUUGGAAUGUUGUCCUCCUAAGCAUGCACCCAUUGGUCCACAACAACAACAACUGAGGUUGACCAAAGGUGAAGGUGGCAAAGUAAAUAUUGAAAAUGUCAUUUUUGGCCAAGAUAAGGCUAGGAAAGAUCUUGCAUUGAUGAUAUGUGAACAUGAGUAUCCUCUAUCUAUUGUGGAUCAUAGUGGUUUUCGUAGAUUUUGUUCUUCUUUGCAGCCGAUGUUUAAGAUGGUGUGCAGAAAUACUAUUAGGAAUGAUAUUGUGGCUAUGCAUUCUGCUCAAAAGGAGAAGAUGGUGAUUUUUUUUGCAACAUUCAAGCACCGAGUGGCUGUCACUACAGAUUUGUGGACAGUGGGCUAUCAAAAGAGAGGUUACAUGGCUGUUACCGCGCACUAUAUAGAUGAUUCUUGGAACCUAAAGAGCUUUCUUAUGAGGUUUGCUUAUGUGCCAUGUCCACAUUCAGCUGAGGUUAUAUGUGAAGCCUUGUAUGAGUGUCUUGUUGAGUGGCACCUUGAGAGGAAGAUCUCCACCGUCACUUUGGACAACUGCACAUCAAAUGACAAGGCUACGGGAAUAUUGCCAGAUAAGUUGGAUACAAGCUCUCUCAUGUUGGAUGGUCAAUUACUGCAUAUGCGUUGUGCCGCUCACAUAUUAAACUUAAUUGUAAAAGAUGGAAUGAGUGUCUUAGAGAAAGGUAUAGAGAGGUUGCGAGACAGUGUUGCGUUUUGGUCAGCCACACCGAAAAGGCAUGAGAAGUUUGAAAAGAUGGCAAAAACAUUAAACAUAGAGUAUAACAAAAGGUUAACUCUUGAUUGUAAGACUAGAUGGAAUUCAACUUAUAUCAUGAUUAGCAUUGAAGUAGAAUACAUAGAGAUAUUUGAAAAAUUAAAGGCAUGUUAAAAGAACUUUAGGUGUUGCCCAACCAAAGAUGAUUGGAUGUUUGCAAAAGAAAUAUGUGAUAGGCUGAAGCUCUUCUUUGAUAUCACCGAGUCAUUCUCGGGCACGAAGUAUGUCACAACAAAUUUUUUUCCCUAAAGUGAUUACCGUUCGCUUAGCCAUAAGGAAAUGGGGUAAGAGUGACAUUGAGCUUAUACAAAAAAAGUCCGAGGAAAUGAAGGAUAAGUUUAAGAAGUAUUGGAAAGAUAUCCAUGGUCUUAU